AGGUGCUGCAGGUCCAAGGGCACCUUGAUUUUGGUUUAUUCGUUGGCGUUGUGAAUGAGCUCGGAUUUCACGCAUCGCUCUACAAAAGUCACAAAAAGUGGUUGCAUCUUAUGCAGUAGAACUAAGGAGAGAAGAUAUAAACGCUCAAAUAUAAAUAUGACGGCUUUGCAUCCAUUAGGGUGGCCCUUAGUAGGAUGUGUGAGGGAAAAAGCGUUUCUAUUCUGGGUCUCACCCCAUAAAAAUGUCCGAAUAUCCAAAGAACUAAGUUAUACAAAGUUUAUGGUUAAUGAGAAAAAAGAUUUAGAGCCUUUAGCCGUAUUAUUAAUUAUUCUUAGUAUGAGGGCUUCAGGCAAAUACAUGGUGAAAAUAUGUAUUGAGUUUUAUUGCUUUGUAAUAAAAUAAUAAAUAUUGUGUAUAAAAUAUAAGCUAAACUUCAAUUGUUUAGACUUGUAACAAAUAUUGCUUUUCUUCAUCAUUAUUUAUUAAGAUGCUAUUAUAUUCUUCAAUAAGUUUUACGCCGCGUACUGUAGUGCUAUUUAUAGCUUUUAUAAUCGAAACAAUGGCAUUUCUUACUUUAUAAGUUUUCGUAUUAUUCCAGUAUAGAGGAUCUACAUCCAGAAAUUGAGAAAAAAUAUUCAGCGUUACCAAAUCAAGGAGUUGCCAAUGUUUAUAUAUUUUUUUAACAAUAUUUC